AUGGUAUUUGCAGUGUGGAUGUUCAUUCUGCUGUUUCCAGUGAGGUGCAAAGUCUUCCUUCUUAAAUGUGCUGUCGAAAAGCCUCCUCCUGUUCAUCACAAGUAUCAUCAUCCAGGAGACAUUAUCAUGGCUGGCAUUAUAUCUCAAAUCUACAUUACUACUGACCAGAUAACAUUCACAAGGCAUCCAUCUCAAGACCUGGUAGAUGAGCUUAUUUAUUUCCUUGCAAGCUGGACUUAUCAAGCCUCAAUGGAACUUCUCUCCACACAGGACAGAUUCAUCCCUAACUACAAAUGUGACAUCCAGAAGAAUCCAGCUGCAGUUAUUGGAGGCCCAAACUCUGAUGUCUGUCUCCACAUGGCAAUUGUCCUGUCCAUCUACAAGAUCCCGCAGUUCAUAUAUGGCUCUGCUCCAAGGAUGAAUAGCAAAUCUGAAGAUGUUUUCGUCUAUAGAUUAUUCCCCAGUGGAACUCAUCAAUAUCUGGGAAUUCUUCAGUUAUUACUGCAUUUCAUGUGGACCUGGAUUGGAGUGAUUUCUCAGGAUGAUGACAAUUCACAGAGGUUUGUACAGAAUGUGCUUCCCAUAUUUUCCCAAAAAGGCAUCUGCUUUGACUUCAUAGAAAGAUUUAUCAAACUAACUUUUUCAAGUGGGUACACUGGAAUAAUUGAUGAUGGUAUUGAAACGUUCAGAGUUGUCAUGGGAAGCACUGCCAAUGUUGUCGUCUUACAUGGUGAAAUUCAAACCAUGAUAGCUUUGAGAAUAUUGCUCCAACUCUCCAAAUUUGAGGAUACACCAAUGAAGGCAAAGGUCUGGAUUAUGACAGCCCAGAUGGAUUUCACAUCUCUUGCCUUUCAAAGAAGUUGGGAUCUAGACUUCCUCCAUGGUUCUAUAGCCUUCACAGUGCACUCAAAGAACCUACUAACAUUCCAGAAAUUUCUUCAGAUCAGAAAGCCUACUUUGGAAAAAUAUGAUGGCUUUAUGAUGGCAUUCUGGGAACAAGCAUUUGAUUGUUCAUUCCCCAGUUCUGGAGUAGAUAAAGAGUUUGUGGACAUUUGUACUGGGGAGGAGAAGCUUGAGAGUCUUCCUGGGUCUGUUUUUGAAAUGAGCAUGACAGGCCACAGCUAUAGCAUCUACAAUGCUGUCCAUGCCACAACACAUGCUUUGCAUGCCAUGCAUUCAUCCAAAUUCAAACACACAACAGCUGUUGGAGAGAGAAGGAAACUUCUGAAUCAACAGCCGUGGCAGCUUCACCACUUUCUGAAAAGUAUCUCAUUUAACAACACUGCCGGGGAAAAGGUUUCCUUCAACUGGGAUGGAGAACUAGUUGCUGGAUUUGAUAUUAUAAACUGGGUCACGUUCCCCAACCAAUCCUUCCUUAGAAUACAGGUUGGAAACAUAGACCCAAAUGCUCCCCCAAAUGACAUGCUUGUCAUUGAUGAGGAUUCCAUCAUGUGGCCCAGAAGGUUUAAGAAGGCAUGGCCUCUUUCUGUCUGUAAUGACAAUUGCUAUUCGGGUUAUAGCAAGACCAAAAGGGAAGGGAAACCAUUUUGCUGCUAUGACUGCUCUCCGUGUCCGGUAGGGAAGAUUUCAGACCAGAUGGAUAUGGAUGACUGUUUUCAAUGUCCAAUUGAUCGUUAUCCAAACAAAGAUAGAAAUGUAUGCAUUCCAAAAUCUAUAAGCUUCUUGUCUUAUGAAGAGCCUUUGGGGAUGAGUUUGGCCAUUUUUGCUCUUUUGUUUGCAAUCAUCACUGUGCUGGUGCUUAGGAUCUUCAUCAAGUACCAAGACAGCCCCAUUGUCAAAGCCAACAACAGGAACCUCACCUACACUCUUCUCAUCUUUCUCCUACUCUGCUUCCUUUGUGCUUUGCUAUUCAUAGGUCAACCUGGGAAGGUGUUCUGCCUGUUACGGCAAAUAGUAUUUUGUAUCACAUUCUCAGUGGCAGUUUCUUGUGUGUUGGCUAAAACCAUCAUUGUGGUUUUAGCUUUCAUGGUCACCAAGCCAGGAACUAGGAUGAGGAAAUGGGUGGGGAAACGACUGUCCAGCUCCAUUGUUCUUUCCUGCUCCCUCAUUCAAGCCACUAUUUGUACUGAAUGGCUGGGAACCACACCCCCAUUCCCAGAUUUCAACAUGAACUCAGUGAAUGAAGAAAUUGUACUGGAAUGUAACGAAGGAUCAGUCACUAUGUUCUACUGUGCCUUGUGCUACUUGGGCCUUCUGGCCAUUGUAAGCUUCAUUGUGGCUUUCCUAGCCAGGAGAUUACCAGAUAGUUUUAAUGAAGCUAAGUUUAUCACCUUCAGCAUGUUGGUCUUUUGCAGUGUUUGGUUAUCAUUUGUUCCAACCUACCAGAGCACAAGGGGAAAAUACAUGGUGGCUGUGGAGGUUUUCUCCAUCUUGGCUUCCAGCGCUGGGUUACUGGGUUGCAUAUUUUGCCCCAAAUGCUACAUUAUCAUAUUGAGACCUGAACUGAACAACAGAGAGCAGUUAGCAAGGAAAAAAACCUUAAAACAAUGA